GGGAUGGCCUUCACCAACCACGAUCCCGACCUCGUCUGGGCCUUCUGCAUCCUCUACGACAUGGCCAGCCAGAAGAUCGACCUGCAACAUGUCCAUGCCCACGAGCAUAAUCCAUGGAACGAAGUUGCCGACGCGGCCGCCAACCACGGACGCAUCACCCCAGUACCAGUUCCACAGCAAGAAUGGGCAAGUAUAAUGGACAGCACUUAUCAACGGGACUGGGAGUUCUGGCUCAGCGCAGACCAGAACACCAAGGAGGCCUACCCUACCUUCGGACAAGGCAGUCUCACAGCAACCACCGUCCCGACGGCCGCCGAAGCUAGCCACUUCCACAAGACGACCGAGGCCAGCGACAGGAAGACCGAGAUAGAAAUCAACAUCGCGACUUACAACAUACAGACGCCAUGGGGAAUACGCGACUCAGAUAAAGAAGGCGAUGCCUCCUGCGCCAACGCCAAUAGCUACCACGUCAUCUCCAGCGGCCACAAGGGGUACAACUACGGACGUGAGCCCCACGUCCUCCUUAGCAAGCCGUACGGGAGGUGCGGCAAGGAGGAACUCUUCUUCAAGCCCGACCAGUUCAUUGUCAUCGAGAAGGACCCUAGGCUCCUCAUUAUCCGAGUGCGCGCACCGGGCUUCUCCCACGUGCCGGCCGUCGCCCACGCGCCCUGCCCCAAAGCCCUCGGGGCCGAGAAGACCAGAUUCUGGAAUAAGCUUACCGAGGCGACAGCAACAUACCAGAUCGGCAUCAUCCUGACAGACGCCAAUGCCAGAACAGGCGACAUCAACAGCACAGCGAUUGGCGACCAGGGCACGAAGCAGAAAGAAGAUCCAAACGGUCCAGAGCACUACACCUGGCACUCAAGCAAGAACCCCCGCCGCAUCGACUACGUCAUCAUUCCAAGGGGAUACCUGGACUCGAUCGAGGCUUGCUCGGUCCGGUAUGGCGUCGACAACGGCUGCGACCCUGACUCCAAGGAUGACCACUACCCCGUCAUGCUGGAGCUCGCAUACGACGAGAUCGCAUCAUCGGCCACCAAGGGCGCCCCCAAGCUCGAUGAGCACAAGCUAGCCGACGACGCCUGCCGCAAGAACUUCAUUGAUAAGCUCCGCGACAUCCAACACACUACAUGGGACACAAACGUCAACGACCACGUCAGCACCAUCACCGAGAAGAUAACAAAGGCUGUUUACGAGUGCUUCCGCCCCCUCGGCCGCACACCACGCAAGCCCUACAUCACAAAUCGGCCUUUCGCUCUGCUACGAGUUCGCCGCUCACUCCUCAAGACGACCCGCAUUGUCAAGAAGAACAGGAUCACCAACGAGUACGGUGUGAAGCUGCUCC